AUGGCUUCAAGCAUUUUUUUCUGUUUUUACUUACCCUUGAGGUGCUGGCAAGACAGAAAAGUUGAACCCUUAUUCAUUCGUUUCAGUGUUGGCACAGAUCUGCUUUAUUUGUCCUUUUCUUCAGCUAUUCACGGUUUCUUACCCUUUCUUUCUUUUAUUAUCUGGUCUUCUUUAUUUCUCUCAUCUAAUCAUUUUCUCUUUAUUCUCUCCUAUCUGAUAUCCUUUCCAUCUGAUAUCUUUUCUUCCUUUCUCUCUCUUUACUCUUUCUCUUCAACUAAUCAUCCCUCUCUCUCUGCUGUCUUUCUCCAUUUGAUGUCUCCACUCUCUGCUAUUUCUCCAUUUGAUGUGCCCUCACUCUUUCUCCAUCUGAUAUUCAUUUCCUCUCUACUCUCUCCAUUUGAUGUUCUCUCUCUCUCUACCACGAAUCCUCCUUCCUUCUCUCUCUACUCUAUCUCCAUCUGA